AUGGGUCUGGGCCUCCUGAGCGUCGUGGUGUUGUUCAUGGGGAGCCCUCUCAUGUACUCGGAGUACCACUCACUCUCGGAGAAGAGUAGGCUUGAUUGUGGAAUAGCACCGCUGAUGGAUAUGUUGAAAGGGCCUCGGAUUAUAGGGGGGACGGAAGCUCAGGUUGGUGCAUGGCCAUGGAUAGUGAGCCUACAAAUUCAGUCUGGCAGUAUUCUUGCUCAUAUAUGCGGGGGAAGCUUAGUGAAGGAGAGGUGGGUCAUCACAGCUGCCCACUGCAUUAAAGACUCUAGAAAUCCUUUUAUGUGGAGAGCUGUGAUUGGAACUAAUAAUAUUUAUAUGAACUAUCCAUACACUAAGAAGAUAAAAAUUAAGGCAAUCAUAGUCCAUCCAGACUUCGAUUUGGAAUCUUAUGUAAAUGAUAUUGCACUUUUUCGUUUAAAAAAAGCAGUGAGGUAUAAUGACUAUAUUCGACCUAUUUGUUUGCCUUUUGAUGUUUUCCAAAACCUGAACCAAAACACAAAAUGUUUCAUAAGUGGCUGGGGAAGAACCCAAGAAGAAGGUAAUGGUACAGAUACCUUACAGGACGCAGAAGUGCAUUAUAUUUCUCGAAGCAUUUGUAAUUCUGAGAUGAGCUAUGGGGGAAUAAUUCCUAACACUUCAUUUUGUGCAGGUGAUGAAGAUGGAAUCUUUGAUACUUGCAGGGGUGAUAGUGGUGGACCGUUAAUGUGCUACUUACCAGAGCAUAAACGAUUUUUUGUAAUGGGAAUUACCAGUUACGGACAUGGCUGUGGUCGAAAAAAUUUUCCUGGUGUCUAUAGUGGGCCAUCCUUCCACAAACAGUGGCUGACACAACACCUCUACCAGAAACAUGCUAAAAACAUAUCUAAUAUAAAUAUUCCACUUGGACAGGUCCUCAUAGCCUUAGGUUCUGCCGUCUUACUAGCAACUACAUAAAGAAAUUCUGAAGACUUUAGUAACUUUGUUUUGCAUCGUGUCCCUUUCCACCAUAUUCUACAUAAUGAAAAUAACUUCUUUUAGCAAUUAAUUGCCCAUUUCAGAGUUCUUAUAUGGGCAUUUUUUAAAAAAUAAAAGGAUUGUGACAUUAGAUAUGUGAUUGUAAA